AUGGCCGAUACAUCAGUUCAGCUCACAGCCCCCAAUGGCCACACUUGGACUCAGCCUACUGGUCUGUUCAUCAACAACCAAUGGGUCAAAUCCUCCACCGGCGAGAAGAUUGCGACCAUCAAUCCUGCAACGGCAAAGGAAAUCACGUCCAUCCAUGCAGCUUCCACAGAAGAUGUCGACAAAGCCGUCAAAGCAGCCCGCGCUGCUUUAAAUAAUCCCUGUUGGAGAGAUCUCCCUGGUAUUGAUCGCGGCAAGUUGAUGAAUCGUCUCGCCCAGCUUAUCGAAGACAACCGUACGACGCUCGCCACAAUCGAGACUAUUGAUAACGGAAAGCCCUACUCCGUUUCCUUCAACGAUGACCUCACCGAGACCGCCGAGACAAUCCGGUACUACGGCGGAUUCGCCGACAAGGUCUUCGGCCAAGUUAUCGACACGACUCCAGAGAAAUUCGCAUACACUGUCCGCGAGCCGGUCGGCGUAUGCGGACAGAUUAUUCCAUGGAACUUUCCUCUCGCUAUGGCCGCCUGGAAACUCGGACCGGCCCUUGCAUGCGGUAACACCGUGGUUCUCAAGCCAGCAGAGCAAACCCCUCUUUCAAUCCUUUUCCUCGCGAACCUUAUCGUGGAAGCCGGCUUCCCACCCGGUGUCGUAAACAUUGUCAACGGACACGGCGCCGUAGCAGGCGCCGCAAUUGCCUCUCACAUGGACGUCGACAAGGUCGCAUUCACAGGUAGCACGGCAACAGCAAAGCAAAUUAUGAAGAUGGCCAGUGUGAACCUGAAGAACAUCACUCUCGAAACGGGCGGCAAGAGCCCGCUCAUCGUCUUCAAUGAUGCUGAUCUCGAGCAGGCAGUUGAAUGGGCCCACAUUGGUAUCAUGUACAACCAGGGCCAGAUCUGUACUGCUACUUCGCGAAUUUUGGUACAGGAUGAGAUCUACGAUCGAUUCUUGGAAGCCUUCAAGGCCCAAGUGAAGAAUGUCUCCAAGGUUGGCGAUCCUUUCGAGGAAUCUACUUUCCAGGGUCCCCAGGUGACGCAGGCUCAGUAUGACCGCAUCCUGUCGUACAUUGAUGUCGGCAAAUCUGAGAAGGCAACCCUUGUGUCCGGUGGAAAGCCGGCGAACAUUGGUAAUGGAAAGGGCUUCUUCGUUGAGCCUACUAUUUUCACAGACGUUAAUCCCAAGAUGCGGAUUUACCAAGAAGAGGUUUUCGGACCUUUCGUAGUCAUUGCGCGGUUCAGCGAUGAGCAGCAGGCUAUUGAAAUGGCUAAUGACUCGACUUAUGGCCUCGGAAGUGCGCUGUUCACGACUAACCUGACGCGUGCGCACCGUGUUGCGAAGAAGAUUGAGGCUGGCAUGGUCUGGAUUAACUCGAGCAAUGAUAGCGAUUGGCGCAUUCCUUUCGGUGGCGUCAAGCAGUCAGGUAUUGGUCGUGAGCUUGGCGAGGCUGGUCUGUCGGCUUAUUCCAAUAUCAAGGCCAUUCAUGUGAACAUGAAGUCCAAGCUUUGA